UUAAUUCAGAAAAACCUAAAGGCGACAAACCAUGGCGGAGCCGGAGCUUGACCCGAAGGUCGCACCCGGCCUCCACUUGGUCUCUGCAUUCCUCGCGAUGGAGCCGACCAAUUCAUUAAUAUCCAUAGCAAGAACAUGUGGUGGCGGAUUUGUUUCAGAGACUGUGCAGAGAUUUAUUUGGGACUAUUGUAUAACUCAAAUGACUGAGAAAGGUAAUGAGCCUUACUUGAAGAAUUUUAUAAAGAAGCUUAUUUUAGAGAUUGAAUCAAGCCAUGGCACUACUGUGUUGGAUGAAUUAUACGAACAAUACGGUUAUUACAUGACUUCAUUGAAGGAUGAUAUUUUAGGGAAAGGAAAUGCAAGGGUCUGCAAAUGCAUUUCUUUUCUUUUUCCUGAAUAUGACGAGUCUUUGAGCUAUCUCAAGUCAAGAAAACUGGUGAUUCCAUUGCAGUGUUCACUCAACUUGCUCGAAGGAGACACAGGGUGUUCGGUUUGGCCUUCAAGUUUAUAUCUCUCCGAGUUUAUACUUUCUUUUCCAGACAUAUUCUUGAAUAAAACAUGUUUUGAGAUUGGUUCCGGUGUUGGAUUGGUUGGAAUUUGCCUUUCUCGUGUGAAAGCUUCCAAGGUUAUAUUAAGUGAUGGUGACUUGACAACUUUAGCUAACAUGAAGCUCAAUUUGGAGUUGAACCAGCUGAGAGCUGACACUGGCAUACCAGAAGAAACUAUGCAAAAUAUGCAUAUGCAGGUAACAGAUGAAAUGGACAAUAAAUCUCAGGUGAAAUGCAUUCAUUUACCAUGGGAAUCUGCAACUAGAAAAGAGCUUCAGGAAUUCAUGCCUGACAUUGUGUUAGGUGCAGAUAUAAUUUAUGAUCCAUCAUGCCUCCCAUAUCUUGUUCAAUUACUUGUAAUUCUUUUGAAUCAAACAAGAGCACAUUCUCAGAUGUCGAAAGACAACUAUCACCAGGAAUUAUUAUUAGAUGCUCAUUGUGUCAAUGGCAAAGGCGAUGACAAUUCUUAUGAAGGUGACGUUUCCUAUCAAUCAGAUAAAUCAGGCUGCAAUGCCAAUCAAGGUAGCAGCAAACUAGAUAUUCGCAGAGUUGGGAAUUUCCGUAACGGUUCUUCAAAGGCUGCACAAAAGAAAAGCUGUGUGGCUUAUAUUGCUUGUGUCGUUCGCAAUAUUGACACCUUCAAUUGUUUUCUACAACUUGCUGAGCAGUCUAACCUAACAAUCGAAGACAUAACUGAAACACAAAGACCAUUUGAUUUGCUUCCUUACUUGGAGUCGUAUAAUCGAUCGAGCAUACGAUUAUUCCAUGUGACGAGCAAAUAAGAUCCUUAUGUAAUAACUCUUUCUUUUUAUACGUUCCCCGAGUAUUUUGCCAUAUUUUCAUCUCCUUUUUUGUGUCACUUGGAGAAAGAUUUUGUUUAGUGGUUGGACCUUUAAAAAUAUUUGUUCUAUUUUUGAAAUGUCAAGUUAUUUUAGCUUAA